AUGGGGUUAAUUUUAUCAUUUGUAUUUCCACCUAGUCCAGAAAUGUCUUUUGGAAAAUUAUCGAUAGAUAAGGUUGACGUCAAAGACAAGAGAGUAUUGAUUCGCGUAGACUUCAAUGUGCCCCAGAAAGGAGGGAAAAUUUCCAACAACCAACGUAUUGUCGCAGCACUGCCGACAAUAAAGUAUUGUCUGGAGCAUGGUGCGAAAUCUGUGGUUUUGAUGUCCCAUUUGGGGCGUCCCGAUGGCAAAAAGAAUCCAAAGUUUACUUUGGCUCCAGUUGCGGAGGAAUUGAAGAAAGUUCUUGGGAAGGAUGUGAAGUUCUUGACAGAUUGUGUUGGCCCCCAGGUAGAAGCAGCAUGUGCCGAUCCCGCUCCAGGCUCUGUUAUUCUCUUGGAAAAUCUGCGAUUUUACGUUGAAGAGGAGGGGAAGUGCACGACAGAAAAAGGUGAAAAGCUCAAAGCGUCUCCUGAGGCUGUGGAGAAAUUCCGAGCAUCGCUGACCAAACUCGGUGACAUUUACGUAAACGACGCGUUCGGUACAGCCCAUCGAGCUCAUAGCUCGAUGGUUGGAGUGAAGCUCGAGACGCGUGCUUGUGGAUUUUUGAUGAAGAAUGAGCUGGACUACUUUGGAAAAGCACUUGGAGACCCACCUAGACCAUUUCUGGCGAUUCUUGGUGGUGCAAAGGUAGCUGACAAGAUUCAGCUUAUCAAAAAUAUGCUCGACAAGGUCAACGAAAUGAUAAUAGGUGGAGGUAUGGCAUUUACAUUCCUCAAAGUAGACCAAAAUGUUGAGAUUGGAAAGUCACUCUUUGACGCUGAGGGAGCAAAAAUUGUGAAAGAAUUAUUGGAGAAAGCUAAGGAAAAGAAUGUCCAGAUGCAUUUCCCUGUGGAUUUUGUUGUGGGCGAUAAAUUUGCGGAGAAUGCUACUUCGAAGGUAGUUACAUUGCAAGAAGGUGUACCUCAAGGACACAUGGGAUUAGAUAUUGGCCCGAAAACAGAGGAGAAGUUUGCUGAAGUGGUAGCAAGGGCAAAACUUAUUGUAUGGAACGGACCACCGGGUGUCUUUGAAUUUGAGAAGUUUUCUCAUGGAACUAAAGCAUUGAUGGAUGCGGUUGUAAAGGCGACAGCCGCAGGGGCAACUACUAUUAUUGGCGGCGGUGACACUGCCACAUGCUGCAAGAAGUUUAAGACGGAAGACAAAGUUAGCCAUGUUUCUACUGGUGGAGGUGCAAGUCUGGAGCUGCUCGAAGGAAAAGUUCUACCAGGAGUCGACGCGCUUUCUCCUGCCAUAUGA